AUGUACGGGUUGAAUGAUACAGAGUGGGAAGAUUGUCAAGAUUUAUUCAAUAUGCUUGACACGAAUAGGAAUAAAACAAUAGAUAUCGGAGAACUGAUUAGCGGUUUUCAUGAGCUUGGGCUUAUUUAUACAGAAGAUGAAGUAAAUGCUUUAUUAACAGAAUGCGAUAAAGAUCAAAGUGGAGAAUUAUCACUGCAGGAAUUCGCUAAUGUUUAUAGAAAAGCGCUCAGAGCUACUUCUAUGAGUGAAGAAGAAGUCAGGUAUACUUUUAAAAUGCUUGACUCAAAUAGAAGUGGAACAUUGAGCAAAGCAGAGCUCAAAAGACAUUUAGCAGAUAGCCAUAUUACGUUCUCUGACAGAGAAAUUGAUGUCCUUCUGAGAGAUUUUGAUGAAAAUUAUGAUAAUGAGCUUGACAUUGAUGAAUUUUUGCACUCAGCCUUAGGAUUCCAACAGUAA